CAAAAGGAAAAGAUUCUCCUGGGUGUUAAACCUGGAACCUUAAGGUUUUAGAAAGAUUGCCGGACCAUCAGUUCUAGCACUCAACAUUUUUUAAGCAUGGAACAACUUACAUAUAUACAUUAUUAAAUCUCGCAUAUGGAAAAUGAGGCCCAGUUUUAGGUUAACUUCAGAGGCCUAAAGCGGUCGCACUCUAAGCUUUAGCUCAGGAUCGGCCCUGCGCCGAUUUUGGUCUUCUACAGGCUACCCGGCCUUUUGUCGGGUUUGAGUGCUACCCCAUUUUGGAUCAAGUCCAUCAGAUGCUCUAUGGGCCGAAGAAAUGGGAUGCAAAUUAAGGCCAGGUUUGAUGAAGCCGUCUACGUAAUUUCUGUGGGUUGGAAUGACCUUCUUAUGUUUUCCCUCAAAGGGAAGGACCUGAGAGUGUUUGCUCAACAGUUGGGUUCAGAAAUGGGUAAUCUCUUGAAGACUCUUUAUGAAAAAGUUGGUGGGCGUACAUAUUUUGUGAACAAUGUUGGUCCUCUUGGUUGCAUCCCGAACAAUCGGGAGCUUAGCGGGUUGGAGAAGUGCAAUAAAGAGUUGAACGUAGCUGCGGUGGAGUAUAAUCGUGUAUUGGAUGAAGUGCUUCUGAAUUUUUCUCGAAUUUCUGAUGACUCUACGGUUGUGGUUGUGGCAAACAGUCACAAGUUGUUCUGGAUCUCUUUUUCUUGAAAGCCCAGCAAUGUUUGGGUUUUCAAAUGCCACGGCUCCCUGUU